UUGCAUCGCAGCCAUUCCAUUGCCGACCCAGUGACCCACGCACGCGCCGUCCUCGCCGAACCUCCUGCGCCGGUCGUCACCGCCGCCUCCUCGCCGCCGCUGAGAGUGCUUCGCCCACCGCUGUCCCCUCCGCCCAUACCCACGCCCCGCGAGCGGCAGCGGUGGCGCCCGCUUUCACCCACGCUCGCCGCCUGCCUCCCCAGCGCAGGGCGCUGCCUUUCCCCGCGCGGAGGCAAGGCGACCUCCCCGGCCGGUGCCAGUCUCCCUCGCGUGACGUCGCCGUCUUUCUGAGUCCAGAGGAUAACCCCUCCCCGCCGCCUUACUCCCCCCAUCAGCGACGGGCCCUCGCCGACGGCCGGAGUCACGACUCCUUAACCCUGCCGCCACAGAUAUGGAAGGUGCUUCCAACGCUAUUGAGGUCGAUGCGGAUGUGAUCUGUCUCGACAACGUGGAUGACAACGUGCAAGAAGCUCAGGAGAAUGGAGAGGUGCAAAUGAUCUGUGAUGCUGAAAAUGAGGGUCAAGUAGCUUUUGACAGCCAAGAACAGGGACAGGAUGAACAUUUUGUGAGGGAUGAAGAAGACCAGGAAAACAAUUCUGUUACUCCAAACCAUGAGGAGUUUACUGAAGAACUGCGGACGAAAGUUGUGUACAGUGAGGAACAUGCUUACAUGUUGUACUGUGACUAUGGGCACCGUAUGGGCUUUAGUGUGCGGAAGGGAAAGCAGUACUACUUUACAGGGACCAAAAUUAUUCGCACGAAAGACUAUUACUGCUCAAAGGAAGGUUUAAAGGAUGAUGAGCAGCUUACCGAGGCAAACUUUAAUAAGCCAGAGACCAGAACUAAUUGCAAAGCGAUGGUCCGUUUUAGAGUUGACAAUGAAGGUCAGUGGCGAGUCAUUCAGAUAAUUCCUGAACAUAAUCAUGAGUUGGUUACGCCUGGAGAUAUACACUUACUGAGAUCAGUAAGGACCCGUUCGAUUCCAAAACCCAGGGCGCUGAAUGCAAUGGUGAAUGCCGAAAUGCAAGCAAUGAAUGACAGUUUGCAUGUGAAUGACGAUGGUACUGAAUGCCAUAGUCAGCUUAGUAUCCAAAGUUACACACUGUUUGAAUCAGAGGACGCCCAGGCACUUGUAGGCUAUUUUAGGCGUAAAACGAUUGAACAAGGUAUGUUCUAUUGGGACGUGCAAGUCGACCAAGAAGGCCAAAUGACUAAUUUCUUUUGGAGGGAUGGUAGAAGCCGUGUUGACUAUGACUGUUUUGGAGAUGUUGUGGUAUUUGACACGGUAUUUCGUACCAACAAGUACAAUAUGGUAUGUGCUCCAUUUGUUGGUAUUAACCACCACAUGCAAAAUGUUAUGUUUGGCUGUGCAUUUAUGUUAGAUGAGUCGCUGACGUCCUAUGAGUGGUUAUUUAAGUCAUUCUUGGACUCAAUGGGUGGUAAUCCGCCUAAAACAAUCCUUACUGAUCAGAAUGACACUAUCUCUAACGCAAUUGAAGUUAUUUUCCCAGAGACUCACCAUUGUUUUUGUUCAUGGCAUAUUGAAAAGAAUCUGCAGUCCUAUUUGGAUACUCUAAAUGCUUCCGGGACAUUUUAUAGCAUGUUCAUGAAGUGCAUGAAAGAUUGUGAAUCAGAAGCAGAGUUUGAGGAAACAUGGGCCAUGAUGCUUCAUGAGAAUAAUUUGCAGGGUGACCAGUGGCUCACUGAUCAAUUUGAGCAGAGGCAUAAAUGGUGCACAGCUCUUCUCAUGGAUACAUUUGAUGGUGGUAUUAAAUCACUGGAUAGGAGUUUGAGUUCACACAGUGUGCUGAGCAGCAUUGCUGAUGAAUCAAUUUCACCCACUAAUUUUGUUCUUGAGUUUGAUAAACUGGUUGGGAGUUGGCGUACAAAUGAAUCUCUAGAGGAUAUUCAGUGCAACCAGUCUCCCCCAGAGUAUACAGUUAAGCACAACAGUGUUUUGCAGCACGCUGCUGAAGUUUACACACAUAAAGUCUACAAGUCUCUUGAAACAGAGUUUCUAGAUGGAUACACCGACACUUCUUAUUCUUAUCAGGAAAUGCGAUGCAGCGAAACAUUGUAUAGGUUUGAGUUCAUUUCGCAAAGUGGCCCGAAAGUUUGGAUAGUUUCCCUUGACACCUCUACCAUGGAAUUGAACUGUAGUUGCAAAAAAUUUGAGACGAUGGGCAUACAAUGUCGACAUGCAGUAAAUGCACUCAGUAUCAAGAAUCUUGAUAAAAUUCCUGAAAGAUAUGUUUUAAAACGGUGGACAAAAUAUGUUAGAAAAGGAACUUAUUUAUUUCCAACUGACGAGUUUCCAGAACAAGAUUGCGCGGCAGCUCAGCUUGCAUAUCGUAACAGAGCUAUGCUGUUUGUUUAUGAUCUGUUAAUGAAGAGCAAAGGUCAUCAGGAUACAAGAAAACUUAUUGUUGAUGUGCUUGAAAAUGGAGAAAGGUCAUUAGAAAGUGUAUGUGAACUCAAAAGGAUGCAUAUGCACCCCUCAGGAAAGGACAAAGAUGGAAGUAAGGCUGACAAGAGGAAGAAAAAACUAACUAAGCAGGAUAAAAGUUCAAGAAAUGUUAAACAAGCAGUCUUGCCUCAACCAGACCACUCGGUUUUUAUUGACCAGCCAAAUCAAAAUGAAUAUUUUGCAACAGAAGAUAUUGCAACAAACUCAUCUAUCGGUAGACCUUUCUUCUACCAGGAAUAUCCUGCAACUAGUAGUGUUUCAACAAGUCAGAUUCAGGGUCAUGCAACUAUGCAUUCUGUGUCUCAGUGUGCACCAGCACCACAACCACAGGAAUUUCCAGCAUACAGCGCGGUCAAUCAUCCUCCAUCGACAUUCGGUGGUGGAAGAGAUUUCUGAAGAAUGCAGACCGCUGAUUUGUGAAUACCCGUGGAGUUCAUAUUUGUUCAUCUGAUUGUUGUAUGUGCAUGGUGUAUUGAAACCUAGGCUGUAGGUCCCCUUUUUCCUGUACGAGUUUUCUAAUUGAUGUACCGGAUGUAAAUAUGUCGUCCAACUGUAUGGGAUGGAAGUACCGUGCCGUAGAAAAUUAGACGAGUUAAUAUGUUGUAUUUUUACUCGCAUGUAAAGGAACAUGGGGGGAAAACCCUGGAAUUUUUUGUGAGUAGUUUCCUGUGUGCUAAUUUUUCAAAUGGUAA